AUGGAUCCUCCUCCUCCACCUCAAUUUUCUCUCAUUCCUCCUUCUCAGUUACCACCACCUCAACAAAACUCUAACCCUAGUAUUCUACAGGAUUCAAUCCCCGAUUGGGACCAAAACCCUAACCUGACCCAUUACCUUGGUUUAUCCGUCCCCAAAAAGAGAAGGCGUGGCAGGUCCCAACGCAAUCCGGCGUUGUUUCGUUCUCCUCUCACUCUCAAUGCCUCUUCUAAUUACACUAACAACAACGAUCUUACCUCUUACGCCACCACUUCUUCUUCCUCUUCCUCUGUUGCAGCUCCGGUUUCAUUUUCUUCAAUCAGAAACCAACCGCCAUCGUUGACGCAAUCUUCUUCCGCAUACGACUUCUCCGAUGAAAUUAUCAUGAUUAACAAAGAAGCCAAAACGGAGGCAAUGAUUGCACUCAGUUCUGGUUUUCCAGCAGAUUCGCUCUCCGAGGAGGAGAUCGAAACUGGAGUUAUCCCUAUCAUUGGAGGGAUCGAACAGGUGAAUUACACUCUCAUUCGGAACCACAUUAUUGCUAAAUGGCGUGAGAAUGUUUCUAUUUGGGUUACUAAGAAAAUGUUUACUGAUUAUAUACCUCUACAUUACCACACACUUUUGGACUCUGCUUAUAAUUAUCUUGUAUCACAUGGUUAUAUCAAUUUCGGUGUUGCUUCCCCAAUUAAGGACAAAACCCCUACCGAACCAAGCAAGCCUGGUGUGAUUAUUAUUGGUGCCGGCCUUGCUGGGUUGGCAGCUGCGAAGCAGUUGAUGCGGUUUGGGUUUAAAGUUACAGUGUUGGAAGGGAGGAAACGGGCUGGUGGGCGGGUUUAUACAAAGAAAAUGGAAGUAGGGAGUAGGGUGGGCGCGGCUGCUGAGUUAGGUGGGAGUGUUUUGACAGGGACUUUAGGAAAUCCUCUUGGGAUUGUUGCUAGACAGUUAGGUGAUGUGCUUCAUAAGGUGAGAGAUAAGUGUCCCCUUUAUAGUGUGGACGGAAAGCCGGUUAACCCUUAUAUGGACAUGAAGGUUGAAUCUGCUUUUAAUCGUCUGUUAGACAAGGCAAGCAGACUUAGGCAGUUAAUGGGGGAGGUCUCUGUCGACGUGUCCCUUGGUGCAGCGCUGGAAACAUUCAGGCAAGUGUAUAAGGAUGCUGUGAAUGAUGAGGAGAUGAAGUUGUUCAAUUGGCAUCUUGCAAAUUUAGAAUAUGCAAACGCAGGUUUACUAUCACAUCUUUCACUUGCAUUUUGGGACCAAGAUGAUCCAUAUGAUAUGGGAGGAGAUCAUUGUUUUUUGCCUGGAGGAAACGGAAAGCUCGUUCAAGCCUUGGCUGAGAAUGUGCCAAUUUUAUAUGAGAAAACUGUACAUACGAUUAGGUACGGUAGUGUUGGAGUGCAGGUUAUUGCAGGAAGUCAGGUAUUUGAGGGUGAUAUGGCAUUGUGUACUGUUCCCCUGGGUGUGUUGAAGAAGGGAUCUAUCAAAUUUAUACCAGAGUUGCCUCAAAGGAAACUUGAUGGAAUCAAAAGAUUGGGUUUUGGUCUACUGAAUAAGGUGGCUAUGCUCUUUCCUCAUGUGUUCUGGGAGAUGGAUCUUGACACAUUUGGGCAUCUUUCUGAUGAUCCAAGUCGUCGCGGGGAAUUUUUUUUGUUUUACAGUUAUGCCACAGUUGCUGGUGGUCCCCUGUUGAUUGCUUUAGUGGCAGGUGAAGCUGCUCAUAAAUUUGAGAGCAUGCCCCCUACAGAUGCAGUAACAAAGGUUCUUCAAAUUCUGAAGGGUAUCUAUGAACCGAAAGGAAUCAAUGUUCCUGAACCUAUCCAAACUGUCUGUACUAGAUGGGGUAGUGAUCCCUUCUGCUUUGGUUCUUACUCUAAUGUUGCAGUUGGAGCUUCAGGUGAUGAUUAUGAUAUUUUAGCUGAAAGUGUGGGAGAUGGUAGACUUUUCUUUGCUGGGGAAGCAACGAAUAGGCGCUAUCCUGCUACUAUGCACGGGGCUUUUCUAAGUGGCCUACGAGAAGCAGCAAAUAUGGCCCACCAUGCUAAUAAUCGAUCAAUGAAUGUGAAAGUUGAAAAGGCUCCUUCAAAUGCUCAUACUUGUGCUUCCCUUCUCGCAGAUUUAUUUAGAGAACCUGAUAUAGAAUUUGGGAGUUUUUCUAUCAUUUUUGCUCAGAAGAAUGCAGACCCAAAAUCACCUGCAAUCUUGAGGGUAACAUUUGGUGAACCUAAAAAGAAGUAUCACGAAGUUGCCAAACAAGACCAACAACAGCAUUCAAACAAAUUACUUUUUCAGCAGCUUCAGUCACAUUUUAAUCAGCAGCAGCAGCUUCAUGUUUACACUCUGCUCUCAAGACAACAGGCUCUUGACCUAAGAGAAGUAAGGGGAGGUGAUGAAAUGAGAUUGAAUCACCUUUGCGAAAAGCUAGGAGUGAAGCUGGUGGGAAGAAAAGGAUUGGGGCUGAAUGCUGAUUCUCUCAUUGCUUCUAUUAAAGCUGAGAGGGGAAAUCGCAAACCUGUUUCAACUUCUAUGUCCCUUAAACCAGGGUUAGGGGUGUCAAAACUAAAAGCAGGCAUUAUGAAGCGAAAGAUAAUCAGAAAGGCAAAGGUGGUGAAGAAAAGCAAUGGAUCCAUACCCCGUGCAAACAUGAAUGUAGGGAGUGCCUCUAAAGUAUCAGAAGAGAAUCGGAUAAUAGAUCAAGUGCUUCCUGAUGUGCUUGUUUCAGGGAAUGACUUGUCAAAUUCAAAUCCAUAA